CGUUAGCUUGUGUUAGUCAGGACGUAGUGACUGAAAAGUUUUCAUCCUCUUUCAUGUUUUGCUCUUAUAGCUUAUAGAAAUUGAUUAUGAUCAAUGGCUUUUCAAGGCUGAAACUGUCCACUGGACGAGGAAGAAGAUGCUGGGCAAACCAAGAUCUUGAUGCAGAGAUUAAAUCUUAUAACCAGUUUGGAGUCCAUAUUAGCUUUAGUAUAUAGCAGAGGAGGAGGAGUCUGGGGUUCUCUGCUGUUCACAUAGAUUAGAUAGUUUGUUGUAAAAAUACAUCAUAUGGAGGAGGAUGUGGACAUUAUUUUCUGUUAUCUUGAAUAAUUGAGGGAAAAUGAAGAGAACAGAAAGAAGAAACUAAGGGGUAAAGAAAUGUUUUGGGUAAGGUUUCACUGAAAUAUUUCUGCAAAGGAAAAUAACCUAAGGUUUCUAAAAACAGCAUCUUGUUAAGUUUUAUCUAUGCAUUUGGGCAAUUCCAGCUGGAAAAACUACAGUCUACGGUGCUAUUUAAAAAAAGGGAUACUGUUCACUGGGAAAAUUCAAACAGCAGAAAAUUUAAAAUGCAAAAGAAGUGUAAUUUUUCACCACUUUAUAAUUACUGCCUCAUUAGUGAUGUGUUUUUCCCUGUCAAAAAGAGUUUUAAUUUUAAUGACUGGACCCAUGCAGAAUGAUUUCCAUCUGGCUAAAAUAAAGACUAAAGGAUUUCCUCCACUCUCAACCUCAUUUUGUUCCUGCGAUCAGUCAACCUGGCACGACACAGAGAGGGACCUGGUAUUGGGGGCCGGUGUCUGGUUUUGUCUACAGCGGCGUAACAUUUUUUAGCAUUUUUUUUAACUAGUUACUUCCACACCACUUGUUUCAUUAUGCUGAUCUGUGAAGUGGAACGUAACGCAGUCGGAGUUGAGAGGUCAGGGGCUCCCGCUGCCUAGAAACAUACAGUCUAAUAUUAGAACAUUUCCUUGAUUUGUUAGCAGCAUCUCUGCUGACUGCUGAGCACAUGGCAACAGGCCGACCAAUAGGAUUUCAGGAGACUACUAAGCCCCUUCCUCUGUAUAGCAACAGUGGCAUCCUUUCCUUAUUUAUUUAUAUAGGAGUUUUUUUCCCCUUGCUGUCUCAUUCUCAUGCUCGUGUCCCCAACAGUGCAUCCUCACUGUGGCUCAAACUGUGAAAAAGAGUUGCAGUGUGAAGAGCUGCACCGAUGCAGCUUUUUCUCCACCUUCACCUCCACUGGCUCUAAAAUCCACACUUUGUAGUCUUUUUUCCCCCUUUUUUUCUUUAGAAUGCACUUUAAAUAUAAUUGUAGUUUCUCCUGCACACUGCAUUUAAAAGUGUGGCCACUGACUUUGAAUCAGGCUGAAAUUCAAGAAGCUCCGUGAGGAAGAGACGAAAAACCUGGAGGAAUGACAGCGUGGGAAAAUGUGCUACUUCAAAGGGACAGAUAACACCCAACAGGAGAGGAUCUGAAGAAGAUGGAGAGCUGUGGAGGAGACGCUUCACGGGAUAGGAGGAGCGGGAGGCGUUGGGGGGCGGAGGGACACAGGAUGGCGUGAGGACAUAGGCCGGUGGUUGGUUUGAUCGGAGCCACGUGUGCGUCCAGCAACGUCUCUUCGCCGCUUCAUGGAUGUCGACGAGACGCUGGUUUCCCACGCUGCCCCGGUCUCCUCCGUCUUGGCCCAGGUUUCUUGGGAAAAGUUUAUUCAUGAAUCCUUGAAGAAAUCAAUCUGUUGUUCAUCUGCAUCCUCAAGCUUCGUUAAUGGGACUCAUUACUUCUGAUAUGAAUUGCUUUAAAUAAGCAGAACUGUGCUUGAGCUUAGAAGCUCUAGAUAAAGACGAGCACAGACCAGAUCUACUGGCGAUGCCAUCAGCCUGCUGUACAAUGUGUUUAAAACUGUGGCUGAGCAACGGGACCUUGGACUACGUUGGCAACACUGAGCAGCCAUGAUCUCCGCACUUCCACCAUCUGAUCGGUCAGCCAUGAGGGCAUCUCUGAGCUGAUAGUAUGUGGUCAGCAGCACUGUGGCCCACCUUCCUGCUUCACCCUCAAUAAAACCAAGCUGGACAAUUCAGUCGACGUUGUGAAAAUGGCAGCGGAGAGUUUCCAGCUGGGGACAGACGACGAGCUCCAGGCUGCGUCAUCGCUAGCAUCCCUCCAUCUCAGGGACGGCAUUGGGAUCGGGAACACUGGCCACAUGGAGAACAAUCCAGAGCCCGAUGCUGCCCUUCCUGUGAUUACAUCACCACCUCCUGACCAAUCACAGCAGCAAGCAGAGAUCGCUCCACCAGCAGAUCAAGAGUUCCUGGAAACAGAAAAGGACCAAAACGACGGCGAGGAGCAAGCUUGCAUUCGGACACCGGUUCCUCAGCAGCUCUCCUCCGAUUGUGCUCAAGAUCAUGAGAAUCCUGACCUGAAACCAACCAACACUAGCAAAGAAGGAGAUAUCCCACCAGAGAACAACAUAACCAAAGCGAUGGCAGCCUCUGACAUCAGCAUUGAUGAUCAGCAGCUGUCUGAUGCAGAAUGGUACUGGGGCAACAUUUCAAGAGAGGAGGUAAAUGAGAUGAUGAGAAACACUCCUGAUGGUACAUUUCUGGUACGAAAUGCUUCCAGCCGGAUUAAAGGGGAAUACACGCUGACUCUACGAAAAGAUGGGUACAACCGACUAAUAAAAAUCUUCCAUCAAGGGGGGAAGUGCGGCUUUUCUGAGCCACUGACUUUUCCCUCACUGGUAGACCUGAUCCAGUACUACCAGAAGAAAUCACUAGCCCAGUACAAUUCUAAGCUGGAUAUCAGGUUACUUUACCCAGUUUCCAGAUACUAUCAACACCAUGUGAUGGAGAUCGAUAUUGCAGCAAUCGGAGAACAGCUGAGGAUAUUUCAGGAUCAAUACAAGGAGAAAAGUCAAGAGUAUGACCAUCUAUUUAAGGAGCUGAACCAAACCUCACAGGAGCUCCAGAGUAAGCGAACGGCCAUUGAGGCUUUCAGUGAAAUUAUUCGGAUCUUUGAGGAGGAGUGUGAAACCCAAGAACGCUACAGCAAGGAAUACAUCGACAUGUUCCUCACAUUAGACAGCAGCACAAAAAAUGACAACAGAAUUCAAAACAACUCUGAUGAACUGCAGUCCAGGGUGGAGGAGAUCCACAACAGCAAGAAGAUGUUGGAGGAAGAACUGAGGACAAAAGCACUGGCUCACAUGGAGGUCGACAGGAAAAUUACUAGACUGAAGCCUGAUCUUGUACAGCUCAGAAAAAUCAGAGAUCAAUACCUUCUAUGGCUAACCCAGCAAGGCAUGGGACAGAGUCAAAUUAACAACUGGUUCGGUGUUGGACCUGAUGAAGAAGACCCUUACACCCUUGAAGAUGACACCCAUGAGGAAGAGAGGAGUUGGUACGUUGGAGGUAUGAGACGAAAAGAGGCGGAGGAGCUGCUGAAAGGAAGGCGGGAUGGGACAUUCUUGAUCAGGGACAGCCAGACUCAGAGGGGAUCCUUUGCUUGCUCUGUUGUCGUGGACGGAGAUGUCAAACACUGCGUGAUCUACAGGACGUCUACAGGUUACGGCUUCGCUGAGCCCUACAACUUGUACUCGUCACUGAGGGAGCUUGUCCUCCACUACCGCCACACAUCACUGAUCCAACACAACAAGCAGCUGAAUGUAACCCUGGCCUGGCCCGCUUUUAGUCAGCAGUCCAGCUGAGAUGCACCAGCACACCGUCCUGAUUCCCAAAGUUUCACAGCAUUAGCACGGAGGACUCACCCACACGGAGACACAGAUGAAAACAAAGAUCCUGUUAGUGAUUCAGUCAGAAGAACUAACUGGUAUGUUUUCACAUAAAAUACAAGCAUGAGCAGCAGUCUGCUUAUAAUACAGAUUUGAAGCAAUUUCAGCUUUAAUUAUGUCUCAGACUGUCUGCAGCCCUAAAAACUUAUACGCUGGUACACUUUAAGAUGUUCAGUUCAAUCUGUCCAAAGCUUGACAGCUUAAAAAAUGACACCAGUUUAUCAUGUUGCUAUAAAAUACAAUCUUAGCUGUUCCAAUUAUUUUUUUCAAUUGAUCGUACUUGUUGUCUAAACCACUUUUAUUCACACAUAAACUCAUUCAACAAUAAUGCACACAUUUGUAAAAUUUAGAGGUUUUAUGUGACAUAAGGAGGAACAGAAAAGCAUUAAUAAAACCAUUUUUGCUAAAACAGUUGUAGCAGAUGGCUGUACAGUCAUGGGAAAAAAUGCAGCCUUGCUGCUAAUUAAAGGCACGAUUAAUUGGUCCUCACAUCAGCGAGUUAACGAUCACAGAGAUGGCAGAACAGGGAUGGUUUGGAGUAAACUGGUGUGUUUUAACACAAUGCCAAUGUUGAAAGACAUCAAUGACCUUCGAGAAGCAAUUUUUCAGGUUUCCGUCAAACUUGUAAAAAGCUUGAACAAUUAGAAAAGACUAAACAAGUAUGGCUGGUAUGGAAGAGAUGUCAGGAGUAAUUCUUGAUAAAUAAAAAGAGUAUUACUUAAUUAGGGUUUGCAAUGUUGCAUUUGAAUGAACUACAAGGACUUAAGGAACAAUCAAUGUCGUUUGGACAGAUGGGACCAAAUUAGAGAAGUUUCAAUUUGAUGCACAGACAUCCUCAUCUCAACUGUGAAGCAUGGUGGUGGAGAGAGAUGAUUCUGUUUUUUUCCUAGUUGUAGACCCAUUUAUUUGACCAUAAUAUUUGUAUGCUAGAGUGAACCUCAAACUAAAUUUCUACCACAGCAAAUUUCACACCUGAUAGUCCGGUAGACCCGGUUUGUUCGGGGACCAAAUUUGCAGGUGUCAAACAAAAAAGCCGUUGAAAAACCUGUUCCCCCCCCUUCAACUAUGGUAUCACUGCACCAAAAACCUCUGAAGAAGACACUGAGCAAAACUUCCUUCUUCACAAAAUGUAAACAGAAAUGGAGUAGCAUUUUAGCUGUUCUAGGAUUUCUCUUUUGUCUUUGGUAAAAAGACAGUGAGCCUUCUCCCCUGCUUGUGCUAUUUGAUUUUGGUUGUACCCAGAAUGCCCUACACUGUAGUACGUUUCCUGAUUUUGGAGAGGCCCCUGGUUUGCUUGGCAUUCACAUUUUCAUUGAACCUGCACCAGAGUUCACUUCAACCUAACAGAGACAUUGACAUUUUGGUCCAAAUUAGAGCUUGAUUGAACAGUCACACCUCCCCAAACAAACCGAACUUUUCAGGCAAACAAACUCAAAUUUGAUUAAAGUGACUAACAAGCCUGGUGUGAAAGGUGUUGAAAAAUUCAAUCUAGACAAAUACUUUACAUUGUUGGCUGCUAUUGAAUUAUGGCAUGUCUUCUGAUUGUUCUUUCCCAUGACUGUAGGUCGACUGCCUGUUUUUGCUCUUCAUUGAUAGAUUUGAUCUUCUGACUGAGCAACAUGAAGUGGAGUAGUUAACUUCUAGAAGUACUGAAUUUUUAAACAACUUCACCCAAAGACUUACAGGGAUGCUAAAUGCUAAUGUUUCCAGAAAAAUAUACUCAAUCCUCCUGUGGAUUAUAUUCAUUUCUAAACUAUGGUCCAAAACAAUGUACUCAAAGGUUAAUUCCCACACACGUUUAAUCUCUCUGUAUUAAGACAUGUCUUCCAUGCAAUCAAACACGUUUAUUCAGGGAUGAAGGAGUGUUAAAUGUGCUCCGAGGGAAACUAAGCUCAGGAAGGGACUCUGCAAACAUGAAGGGCACUGCAGGGACUGGGGAGACACUCAAGCACUUUAUCCAGAAAGAAAAUACAAAAAGGAAUAGGUUCUCCAAGAUGGCUCCUUUUUGCUGCUCUUGGCUAGUGAAACAUCUUGCUUUACUCAACAUAAAUAAAAAAUUUUCCUCUUCAUAAUGUCUCAUUUGACAGUAUAUUAUGAGAGACAAAGACCGAACAACAAUCUAUUGUUUAAAUAAAGUGAGUAAACACUCUGGUUUAGAUUAAUACUCUUAACUUUUUAUUUUAUUUUCCAAGGAUUUGAACAGAAGAUUUUCUGUUAAGUUUGUUGAUUAUAUUAUGGGUGACAUUACAAAAGGCUAAAACAGCUAGUUUACAAAUCUUUAAGUAAUUGUUGAAAGGUGCCUUUAAGAGUUUUACGCCAGCUACAAUGUUCACCUUACAGACUACAAUGGUUUGAUGAAAUCAGUAGGUUUUGUCUGGUUGGAUAUGAUUUCAUAAACAUCCAUGACGAUCAAUCAGAAGAAGGCUUUGCCUCCAAUUUAGCAGUAGAAUUUUAAGGAUGACCUACAGCACAGACCCAUUAACAUAAACGUCUGAGAGAAACUGCACAGAAAGGGUGUCACUGACGUUUCAGGAUAAAGCUAAUUUAGCACAUAAAUAAAAUCUGGAGAUAAUCCACGUACCACUAACAUCUAUGUUAUUUGUGUCGAGGAUAAUCUAAAACUACACAGUGACUUCCAUAUUCACUACUGAAAUUGCAAUGCAGGGUUUCCCCAAGUGUAUUGUAAGUCUGGCGGGCCACCAGGCUUUACUUGUGCCCCCACCAGACUUAGCAUUGCUUAUUUAUUUACGUCUUUUUAAAAUGUUUGCAUUUUUUAAGACUUUAUAGUU